CUCCCUCUCUCCCUCCCUCCCUCUCCCCCCUGGCUCCCUCUCUCCCUCCCUCCCUCUCCCCUGUCCUCCUCUCCUUCGGCCCUGACCACUGCCUUGGAGUCACCUGGAGAGGCCACUGCUUCUUGCCACCCGGCCUCCUCCUCCAUCGUGUCUGCCCUCCUGGCGCCAGUCCUGGGCAUGGAGUUUGUCCUGGGCCUGGUGGGGAACAGCCUGGCCUUACUAAUCUUCUGCUUGCGCACACGGCCCUGGACGUCCAACACCGUGUUCCUGGUCAGCCUGGUGGUCGCGGAUUUCCUCCUGAUCCUCAACCUGCCCCUUCGCGUCGAUUACUACCUCCUCCAAGAGACCUGGCGCUUUGGUGACACUGCCUGCAAAGUCAACCUGUUCAUGAUCGCCACCAACCGCACGGCCAGCGUGGUCUUCCUCACGGCCGUGGCGCUCAACCGCUACCUGAAGGUGGCGCGGCCACACCACGCGCUGAGCAGGGCCUCGGUUGGGGGCGCUGCCCGCGUGGCCGGGGGUCUCUGGGGGGCACUCCUGCUCCUCAACGGGCACCUGCUGCUGACCACCCACUCCAGCCGGUCCUGCCUCAGUUACUGGCUGGGCACGAGACCCUCGGCCUCACUCAGAUGGCACCAGGCCCUGUUCGUGGUGGAGUUUUUCCUGCCGCUGGCACUCAUCCUCUUUGCCAUCGUGAGCAUCACGCUCACCAUCCGCCGCCGAGGCCUGGAUGGGCAGGCGGGCCCGCGGAGGGCCAUGCGCGUCCUCGCCGCCGUGGUGGGCGUCUACACCGUCUGCUUCCUGCCUAGCGUGGUCUUCGGCGUCGCUUCCAUCGUGGCCUUCCGCCUGCGUGCCUGCCGCGCCCUGGAUCUCUGCUCGCAGCUCUUCCACGGCUCCCUGGCCUUCACCUACCUCAACAGCGUCCUAGACCCCGUGCUCUAUUGCUUCUCCAGCCCCAGCUUCCUCCGCCAGGGGUGGGCGCUGCUGGGCCUCGCCCAGGGCUGGCAAGGCUCAGACAGCGACAAGAGCACCUACUGGCCCUCCGCCGGGCGCAGGGCGUGCUCUAGGAAGGCGGCGGCCACAGGGAGGCUGCAGGCGGAGGUCUCGGAGGAAGACUGACCAGGAAGGCCCCUCCCAGAACUGGGGUUCUGCUGCGGGUGCCUCAGGACGGAGGAAUGCCUGGUCCUGGGCUGGAGGGCCAGGGUUCGUCCCUGGACGGUUGCCAGCAAGGGCCCCUCAGCCGACCAGACAAAGGACCUCUGCAGGAGCCAGGUGGGUGGCAGGGAGAGAAGAGGGCCUGGGCUUGGAGUCGUGUGUCUGAUGUCGUGGGGAUGAUGUCCUGACAGCAUAGAGCACGACGGCAGGUGGAAAUAGCCAGGGACUGCCAGCUCAGCACUGGGCCCCAGCUGCCUUGUCCCAGGUCAGAGCCAGGGAACUGUGAGAGCAGAAGUCUUCUUUUAGAAAUUUUGUUGUUGUUCAGUUGCCAGGUCAUGUCCAACUGUUUGUGACCCCAUGGACUGCAGCACAACAGGCUUCCCUGUUCUUCACUAUCUCCCAGAGUUUGCUCAAACUCUUGUGCAUUGAGUCAGUGAUGCCAUCUAACCAUCUCAUCCUCUGUCACCCUCUUCUCCUGUUGCCCUCAAUCUUUCCUAGCAUCAGGGUCUUUUACAAAAUUGGACAGCUGUUUUUCCUACGAUCUCCAGUUGGUUGUUGUUUUUUUUUUUUUUUCAAUACUAAUAAACUGCCUUUUGAAAAUUCAA